AGUCCCCUAGGACGCACAACAACAAAGCUGACGCAUACGACGACGAGAUGUUCAGGGACGUAGAGAGGGAAUUGAAGACUGAAUUAGCUUCUGCACUAAACGUAAAGUUGAUAUCUGGUAAUGACUGGCGUCGCCUCGCCUGCAAGAUGGGCUACCAGACUAGAGAGACAGAAGAGCUGCAGAGGGCUGUAAACCCUACAGAAGAUCUCUUUGCAGAUUGGCAAACUAAGAGGCACAGCACUGUUGAGCAUCUCAUGAAACUGUUUGAUGAAAUUGAGCGUCAUGAUCUGCAACAGAUUCUAGAGAAGAGCAGCCUUUAUCACCAGCAACCUGCAGUCGACUCACCCUCAGACUGUCCAUCCUUUAUCCUCCCCACAAUCCCACAACAUCAACUACCAAUUUCUCCCUUCUCAAGAAGAAACGUGCAACCAACUCCAACAUAUUUUGUUCAUCCUUUGAUCGAGGGAUUUUCAUACCCAACUGGACCGUCGAAACAGAAAGCCACCGGCUCGAGCACAUUGUUCAAAGGAUUAAUGAAUGUUGUGGUUGAUACGGGAACUCCGUGGGACAAAGAAAAAAUAUGUGCAGGCCUGCAUGAAAAUGGUAUUCGACCACAAGAUGUCAAUUUAGUCGUUUGCACACAUGGACACUCGGAUCACGUGGGCAACCUGAAUCUUUUUGAAAAUGCAACAAUGAUUGUUUCAUAUGACAUUUCAAGGGGACACGAAUACACAACCUUUCCGUUUAAGAAUGAUAUGACGUACAAGGUCGAUGACUACGUUGACAUCAUACCAACACCCGGACACACCGACUGUUGUGUUAGUGUCGUCGUGCGUGACACAGAUUUUGGUACAGUUGUUGCUGCAGGAGAUCUGUUUGAGUGCAAAGAUGACUUGGUGCAACCAAAACUGUGGCAGGACUUUAGCGAGCAUCCUGACCUGCAAGUGAGGAAUAGAGACAAAGUGUGGAGGAUUGCAGAUUGGAUCGUUCCGGGACAUGGAAAAAUGUUCAGGACAUCACCAUUGUAGGACUUCAGUUUUAGUAUUGUAACUAACUUACUGCAACACUUUAGUUAAUUGCUGAGUGUAGCGAGGCUUCUAAUCCGGGUCGCACAACAGAAAGGGGCGUGGUCCUAUAUGGCU